AUGAGUUUAAUUGUCUAUGGACGGACAAGCGGUCCCGAUGAGUCCUCGGUGAUCUUACAUGAUCCCAGUUCACAUUCGCUCGUUAUUUUAAACCGGAUUUCUGGUGAAAUUUCACUUGUAAGACGAAUACGCAACGCUAAACCUGGUCUAGCAACUUCCGACAAUGUUCCGGCAAUUUCUGCGUAUUGUUGUCCGCAGUGCGGCAGCGAAAUCGGUACCCACACCCCAAUUGACGAAACUCGGUUCUUUGUACACAAGAAUUACUUCAAAUUGUUGGAGCAGCAAGAAACCAUUACGUCCGGUGAAUUAUUGGAACACGCAAUUCCUUCAAAUCUUUUUACGCCCGGUUAUUAUCGUCGUUUUUUCAGAGAACUUUCGGUCUUGGGUAACGGAGCGCGCGGUUCGGUCUACAAAGUGGAACACGUUCUUAUGAACAAUCAUUUGGGCAUCUACGCCUUGAAAAAGAUCCCAAUUGGCAACGACUUGUCCUGGCUAGAAUUGGGCAUGCGAGAAGUCAAAUUUUUGACAUCUCUGACACACAGUAGUGCCAAUUUGAUCACAUACAAUCAUGUCUGGCUAGAAAUGGACGUUGGAUCUGGGAUUGUUAAUACGCGCAGCGGCGAGGGUAAAAAGCCGACCGAAAUACCUUACGUGUUUAUACUUCAGAAAUAUUGCCCCGGUGGUAAUUUGGAAGAGACCAUACAGGGAAAAGUUUAUGACCGAUUGUCUGCGCUGGAUUCACCGGAAGUGAGAAAACGAAAGUUUAAGCAACGUCGUCAUUUGGGAAAAACUGAUAAACAGACGCGUGGGCUAACGAAUAGUCAACUGAUAUCAAUUAUGCGAGAUUUAGCCUCUGGUUUGCAAGAACUGCAUGAUCUAAACAUCAUUCAUCGAGAUUUAAAGCCUUCAAACUGUCUGCUCUUGGAAGAGUUCAGUUUGGAUAAAGCCGAUUACAUGGGGAAACCCUUCCCCACCGUUGUCAUCGGUGAUUUUGGUGAAAGCCAAUUGAGUGGUCAAUUACGUGCUGCCACAGGCGCGACAGGAACUUUGGAGUUUACUGCACCCGAGGUGCUCAUAAUGGACUCCGACGAAGAACACAGCUUUUCGCAGUUCACAUUCAAUUCUGACAUGUAUUCUCUCGGCAUGAUUUGCUAUUUCCUGAUCUUUGGUGAGCUUCCAUUUCCGGAACACUCUACGAUGAAAGCACUAAAGUACUCAAUCAAGCAAUUCCAUAUAGACAUCGACAGGGUAGCCGCAGAUAUCCAUCGGAAGCGUGGUGCUAAAAUUGACAAAUCUCUCCUAGACUUGAUGGUCGUCUUAUUAUCGCCCAAAGAAGAGGAACGACCCUCAGCCAGAGAAGUUGUCCAAUUUUUGAACCAAAUAGACCGUGAACCUCGACCAAAAGCUAGAGAAACCAUCGAUACAGCUAUACCACCGUUAGAAUCCGACAAACAACGAAUCAAACCCUACCAAUGGCUUCUUGGCCGAAUCAUUUCGGAAAAAGUCGUUAUGCUGGUUUUCCUGUUGAAUAUGACAAUGUUUGUCGGCCUAUCGACUUUAUCCCGCCUUCCAAAUUCUAUUAGACUAUCGUAUGCCUUUGUCCUGGGCAUUUCGAUACAUUCUAGCUCGGAUAAAAGACUGCGGAACGCCGCUUUCAUCGUCCUAGGUUUCCUCAUCAUACUAUACAUCGACCGCUACAAUCCCCAAGUGAUUACCAGCUAUAAAAAAUAA